GGUUAUUCUAGCUUCAGUCUCAUUUCAACAUUGUAUGUGAAGUUUCCAUUUGAAAUUAUAUAACGACAUUAAGCAAUAAAAUCAAACCACGGCCCACAUUUCCAAUAGUCCUGGUUAUCAAAAUUUUAUUUUGUAAUGACGGGAGAUUAUUUAUAAAAAUGACUAGGUUUAUACACACAAUAAUAUCACGGCUAAAUUAGUUAUAAAAAUGUGUUAGGAUUAAAACACAUUUAUAGCUUGGAUAAAACAUUUAUUGUUAAUUUCAACGCCAAUAAAAAAAACAAAAAUGUUUAUUUCGAAGCUUCUGUUUAUUUCUUUUGUAAUGUAUGCUCAAGCAAUAGCAGAUAGUCCUAAAAAUGUCUCCUGUAAAGUCAGCAGAGUGACCACAGAGUCAAUACUAAUCACUUGUGACAUACAACCGCCAUUUGCUUAUACAGAGUAUAGUGCAUAUUUUACUUCCAACAAUACAACCUGGAACUUUACAUCGGAAGUAGAAAACAACUGUACUUCAGAAAGGCCCUAUGUCAAUCUCACACAAGUCAACAACAAACAGACGACAUGUUUAUUAAAAAUCAACACGACACAAUUAGAAUCAGGGAAUUAUGACAUUAAGUUGACUGCAUCGGCUGAAGGGAACGAUUCCAGUGAAACCGAUGUAGAAAGUGACAGCAUUAGAAUCUAUUUUCCAAAAGAAAUUCAAACCCCGGUAUGCACGGAGCCACAGUACGACGAGGAGAACUGCCCCAGCUGGCCUAAGAAGACCCUGUGUAUCUUGUGUGUCGCAGCUGUUCCACCAGGAGAAGUUGACUGUCGUUUGUUUUACACAUCUGGGUCUAUGACUGGCUCAGUGUACAACUUCGGAGCCAAACCACACAUGCUAGCCGACAAUGACAAUUCCUAUACAUAUGCAGCCAAGUGCACGAAGACAGUGACAUCGAGUAUGCUAAAUGAUGGCAUCGACAUACGUGCCAAUUUUACUAAAUACAUCGAUUACGGCAAUACAUCUGUCAGGUCAAUCGUUUCAGCGAGUUUCUUUUUUGAGACUCCGAAAAAGAUCAACUUUACAGUAAACGACAACCCGAUCGGUGUAUGUGCAAAUAUUGGAGAAAACGUCACAUUGAAAUGUGCUACAGAUGGCGCUCCAACGCCUCGGAAAUUUCUUGAGCUGGGCCCGUCACUUGAUAACGUAUACAUCGUGAAUAACUUCCCAGAGCCCGUCAUGACUUGGACAAUCAGAAGCUCUUCAAUUUAUGGCUACUUUAUGUGCUAUGCAGAUCAAUAUGAACAACGUAUUUCCAAGUCUGUAUAUGUUGUAGCUCCAGAUCAGAUCCUUGGGACAGAAAGCCAAAAGAACUACAAGUUGCAAUAUACAGGUCACAACUACGAUACAUCCUAUGUGCUGAUUGGAGUUACUGGAUGCCCUGAGCCAUUAAGCCUAACACUCUUCAGAAAGAAAAACAACAAUGUAAAAGAAGCCCUGACCGAUGGAGUUUCACUGUCCUAUAAAAGUACUCCUCAGAUCGUGAAGUCAUCAAACCAAUACAAAGCCUUGGGCUUCGUUAAUGUCACAUUCCUAAAUAAACACAUGACUCUAGAUUCACCAACAUACAUCUUGCAUGUUAGCAAUGGGAUCUCGAAUUAUACCAUUCUUGAAUUUAGCGUUUAUGGUGCUCAUAACAGUAGUGCUACUCCUCUGUCCAACAGCCUCACAGUCUUUUUGUUGGUUUUAGCUUUGUUCAAUGUGUUUACUUUCUAACAUUGUGAUACCAUUUUUUUAAAUAUCAUCACUUACUGACUUACACCAACAAACAAUAAACAUCCAUUAUUUGGGUAAUUGAAUCAAAUGUCUACCAAAUAAAAAAAUAAAAUAUGUAA